AUCGCCGACUUGUGCUGGUUACUUCCGGUUCCUGGGCUGUUUUUCCUGCGGGAGAAAAGAGCGGAUAUUUCUUGCUGUGAUCCGAAUCCUGACACCCGGACUACAGAGGAGAGACACACCGGGGAAAACAACAUUCAAUCAGUCCGUUACCGUGUUCACCUGUUAGCCAAACUGUGGGGAGAUGACCACCGGAGGGGCGGGUAGCUAGUUGACUGGAUACACCGACUAACACCGCCCUCCCUCUGGAUCAACAAAAGAAACAAGCGCAUCUUUUUUAUCUGCUGGAAGAGACACAGCUCACCUUUACCCAACACCCAGCCAUCGUUAUGUCAAAAUACACAAGCUUUCCAGAGCCAAUGGAGGACCCCAACCCUUUCCAAGACCCUGCAGUGACUCAACACAGCAGCAACACGGGCUAUGCCACACUGGAUCUUUACAACCCGUUUGAUAACACCACUGGGCCUCCUCCUCCAUAUGAAGCCACCUCUCCCUCUGCUCCAGCUGUGCCUGCACAGACUCCACCCAACAGGACAACACCCACUGAGCCUCGCAACUAUGGCUCCUACACCUCCCAGACGGCAGUGAACGCAACCACAGCAGAGCUGUUGAGGAAGCAAGAGGAGCUGGAGAAGAAAGCCCGGGAGCUGGAGAGGAGAGAGCGGGAGCUUGAGUCACACGCUCUGGGACCUGGUGCCACCCGUCAGAAUAACUGGCCUCCGCUGCCAUCGUUCUGCCCUGUGGGCCCCUGCUUCUACCAGGACAUCAAUGUGGAGAUCACGCAGCACUUCCAGCGCACCGUCACCAUCAUGUACUACUUUUGGAUGUUUGGCACUUGCACGCUGCUCUUCAACCUGGUCUCCUCCCUGGCCAUGUUCUGUGUGGACCCCUCUGGUGGAGUUGGCCUGGGACUAGCCAUCCUCUGGGCCCUCCUUUUCACCCCCUGCUCCUUUGUCUGUUGGUACAGACCGAUGUACAAAGCAUUCAGGAGUGACAGUUCCUUCAAUUUCUUCGUAUUCUUCUUCAUUUUCUUCGCCCAAGUGGUCACCUACGUCAUCAUGACCAUUGGUAUCCCUGGAUGGGGAUUCAGCGGGUGGAUCGUGAGCCUGGCUGCUCUGAAGACCAGUGUCCCUGUUGGUGCGAUCAUGAUGAUGAACGCCGUCUGCUUCACUGCCCAAACUGCCAUGGGGGUCGUCAUGCUGCAGAAGAUCCACAGUCAGUACAGGCAGACUGAUGCCAGCUUCCAGAAGGCCCAGGCUGAGUUCGCCACCGGAGUCAUGUCCAAUCAGGCCGUACGCCAGGCCGCCACCACUGCUGCAACCAGCGCUGCCCAGGGGGCCUUCAACGCACCUCGAUAGAGAGGGAAGAGAGGGGCUGGGAGGGUGAGAAGGAGGGCCCUCUCAGCUUGAUAGAGGAUCUCUUUGCUAUUUAUUUCCCCACAGGUGAUUAGAAUUGGUCUGUAUAAUUACCCCUGAGCAUCUGAACUUCAGGGCUCAUGCAUGAGACAGCGGUGAGGCUGUCUAAGUUCAAAGGGUGUACAGGACAAGUUAGCUACAUUGCCAAACCAGGAGUCAACCAAUCACGUUGUGUUGAUUGUAGGAACGGAAAGAUGAUGUGAAAUGUGAAAUGUGAAAUAAAAUAAAAAAGGCUAAAGCUGUAUGAAAUGUUACAAAGUCCUACCAAUAGUCAGUAAAUGCCGGUACCAUGCUUUUUUUAAGGAAAGACAAGCUGUGCGCCAUGUAGGACAGUGUUAGCCUGGAUAGUUGCCAUUUUAAAUCAUCUGGAUGUACAUUGUGUUUACAAGGAGCCAUGUUUGAGUUGGGAGCUGAACACUGAUAUGAUGCCAUUCUAACAACUAAGUUCUCUGUCGCUUAAGUGUACACUAACUUGUUUUGUUAUUAUCCCAAAUAAGAAUGCCUAUUUACCUGUUUGCCAAAUCCUGUCAUACUGUAAAGAUUAUGAACUUGUGUUGUUUUGGUUUAAAAAAUAUCUGUCACUGUUCUGUUGGUGCUGCUUGUGGUUCUUAUGAUUAUUAUUACAUGUCACUGUCUUGGUUUUAAUAAAAAUCUAUUGUCAUGCUUA